AUGGGCAAUAACUGCUUUGGCUUUAAGAAAUGGCUGAUUCAGCGGCUGCGGCCUCUGCCCACCCUGCUUAUCGUCCCUGCCCUCAUGCCCCAGAGCAAGAGCAAAGACUACCGCGUCGUGGUGCUUGGCGAUGCUGGCGUGGGCAAGAGCGCGCGGGUGCAGAAGUGGGUGCGUGGCCACUUCCGCGAUGCGUACCUGCCGACCAUCGAAGAUACCGACUGCCAGGUGCUGAGCUCCAAGCACGGUGUCGGGGUGCUGCGCAGCACCGACACCACGGGCAGCCACCGCUACCCGGGUUUGCAGCGCCUCGCCAUUGCCAGGGGCCCUGCUUUCAUCCUGGUUUACUCAGGCGCCAAGAAGCAAACCCUGGAGGAGCUGAAGCCUUUCUAUGAUCUGAUCCGCAAAGUCAAAGGCAACACCUUGCAGAAGUACCCUAUCGUGCUGGUGGGCAACGAAUGCCAAGAAAGCCACUGGGAGUUGCCGGUAAGUGACCGCGCCACAUGCGCCUGCGCGUUGGAGUGGCAUUGCGCCUUCUUGGAGACCUCCGCUAAGAUGGAUAGCAGUGUGCAGGAGCUAUUUCGCACGCUGCCGAACCAGGAGAAGAAGCCUGCCACCUGCCUUCGCCAUCCCCAGAAGAAAUCCCAAAUACCCAAGACCGCGGAGAAGCUGCUUAGCAAGUGCAUCAUCAUGUGA